CAGAGCGCAGGAAACAUCUCGGCCUCUCUCGUCUCAUCAAAUUACAGCAAAAAGAAAGUUUCACCAGCUGCAAACAUCAUCGAUCUUCAUCAUCAGCCUUUAUUGGAUUAUCAGAUUGAAUUACUUCUGCUUUUUUAUGCUCAACAUCACAACUUCCAUCAUCAUCAUCAUCAUCAUCAUCAUCAUCAUCCUGUGUUCAGUCUCAUCGUUAUCUAAAAGGAGUUUUCUGUCUUUAUUCACCGCGCACUCAACAUGUAUCUGGAGAACAAAAGCAACCUGGAGAUUGAGAUGUCUCAGACAUCGGCCCAAGGCCAUCAGGGCAGGGGCAGCCUGAGGUCACCAGAGGGGGUCGCAGGGAACUUCGGGGAACUGCGCCUGCUGGAGGGCAUCUCGGAGAGGAGAGAGACACAGAAGCUCCAGCAGUCUGCGGGACAGUGCGUCAUCCACAGUGAGGGCUUCGUCCCCAUUCGACAAGAGGACAGUUUCAGGAAUACUCUGAGUGCUGUUAACAUCCUCAGAGGAAAAACAAACUCAGCCAACCUUACAGAGAGGUCGCCUCUGCUGAGGUUCUCUCAGGACGACAGUAUAACCUACUUGACCCUACAUGACCCCAGCUUUGUUGGCGGGGAAGAGCCCUGGAACAACGGUUCCCUGGACGUGGAGAGGCGGUAUCGACUGGGCAGUGAGGUCACCAGCCUGUCGCUAUCGCGCUCCAGCUCCUCGGAGAAGUACGACCCUCUGGACAAUCUCAACCUCAGCUUCAAACUCACAAGGAGCGUGAAAUGCUGCUUCAGAGUCUCCAAAACUGCCACCAUCUUUGCUUUUGUCGUUCUCUGCAGUCUGUCCUUCAGCAUGUAUCCAGAUCGAGACAACCCCUGGAGGAUGCUGGCAGUCUCUCCCACAGAGAGUUUCUCAAUGAAUGUGACUGAUUUUCGGGACAACGCUUUACUGAAGCUCCAGGUGGCCGGGCCUUUUGCAGGAGGGAUGAUGGACCCGACAAAUCAGGAGUUCAUCCUCAUCCAGGUAGAGCAGACCGAGCAGGCAGGGCAGCGGAGGAGGAGGACUCAGCAGGUGAUUCAUAAUUGGACCAUCCCUCUACACGCAGAACGAAAGGACCAGAUAGUGCAAACAAAGACGUUUGAGAUGCUCAGCAGUGACCCCAUCGCUAUCACGAUUCAGGCCUUCCUGCAGGAUAAUGAGGUGGUGCCGCUAUCCAUGACCCACCAGUCGCUUUACGUCAGCGUGGAGACACAGGUGGCCAUCGCUGGAAUCAUCCUGACUGGGGUCUAUGUUCUCAUCAUCUUUGAGAUUGUGCACCGCACCCUGGCAGCCAUGCUGGGAUCCCUGGCAGCCUUGGCUGCUCUGGCUAUCAUUGGUGACAGACCCAGUCUGGUGACAGUGGUGGAGUGGAUCGACUAUGAGACUCUGGCUCUUCUGUUCGGCAUGAUGAUGCUGGUGGCCAUUUUCUCAGAGACUGGCUUCUUUGAUUACUGUGCAGUGAAGGCUUACCAUUUAUCCAGAGGAAGAGUGUGGCCCAUGAUCAUCAUCCUCUGUCUCAUCGCUGCCAUUUUAUCUGCUUUUCUGGACAAUGUGACCACUAUGAUGCUUUUCACUCCCGUCACCAUUAGGUUGUGUGAGGUGCUUAAUCUAGACCCCAGACAUGUCCUGAUUGCAGAAGUAAUCUUCACCAACAUUGGAGGGGCCGCCACAGCUGUCGGAGAUCCACCCAACGUGAUUAUAGUAUCAAAUCAGGACCUGCGCAGAGAAGGGAUUGAUUUUGCCAGUUUCACAGGCUACAUGUUCCUUGGAAUAUGCCUGGUCCUUUUUACCUCAUUUCCUUUCCUGCGGAUGCUCUACUGGAACAAAAAACUUUACAACAAAGAGUCCAUUGAAAUUGUUGAACUCAAGCAUGAGAUCCUGGUCUGGAGGCAAACGGCUCAGCGCAUAAACCCCGCCAGCCGAGAGGAGACAGCUGUGAAAUGUCUUUUAAUGCAAAAAGUCCUCAACCUGGAAAGUCUCCUGCGCAAAAUGAUGAAAACCUUCCAAAGACAAAUUUCUCAGGAGGAUAAGAACUGGGAGCAAAACAUCCAAGAACUGCAGAAGAAGCACAGAAUAACUGACAAGGUCCUGCUGGUGAAGUGCGUGUCCGUCCUUGGCGUUGUGAUCUUCAUGUUCUUUCUCAACUCCUUCGUUCCCAGAAUUCAUCUCGAUCUCGGUUGGAUCGCUAUCUUGGGUGCGCUCUGGCUUUUGGUUCUGGCUGACAUUCAGGAUUUCGAGAUCAUCUUGCACAGAGUGGAGUGGGCCACGCUGCUGUUUUUUGCCGGUCUCUUCGUUUUGAUGGAGGCCUUAGCCCAGCUGCAACUUAUUGACUAUAUUGGAGAACAGACAGCACUGCUUAUAAAAGCGGUGCCAGAAGACCAGCGCUUGGCUAUAGCCAUUAUCUUGGUGAUGUGGGUCUCGGCUUUGGCUUCUUCUCUCAUUGACAACAUUCCCUUCACUGCCACGAUGAUUCCAGUUCUCAUCAACCUGAGUCAGGAUGCAGAUGUGAACCUGCCAGUUAAACCUCUCAUCUUUGCAUUGGCCAUGGGAGCCUGUCUGGGUGGAAAUGGCACAUUGAUAGGAGCAUCAGCCAAUGUCGUAUGUGCAGGAAUUGCUGAGCAACAUGGAUAUGGCUUUUCCUUCAUGGAGUUCUUCAAGCUGGGAUUCCCCAUGAUGAUAAUGACAUGCAUGAUUGCCAUGUGCUACCUGCUGGCCACCCACAUCGGACUGGGAUGGAACAUGUGACCCGGAACUGCUGCACAGAGAUCCAAAGAAACUGUGUGACCACUCCCUCCAAGAGUUUGAGCUCACUGAAACAUGAUGUGUAACCUGACUGACUGAUCAGUUUACCGGCAUUAUAUGAAGCAUUGCAGCCAUAUUUUUCAAAGCAUGGAAAGGUGUCUUUGAGUAACGUGCAGACUAUCAGGGACCAGAUUUACGUGAGCUUUUACCAAACUUUGAGUCCAAGAAAUUUCUGAAACAAAAAUGUCACCAGUCUAUUAUGGUGCACGUGGUGCUAUGGCUUCACUGGGUAAAAUAAUUGGUGUAAGCAUUUAACACUGUGCUCUCUGAUGUCAGACCGGAAAAACAAAACUAAACACGUGACCUGUUUAAACAUUUAGAAGAGUGAUCACGAAUAUUUCACCUGUGGUUUACCAAACCUGUGUUGAUAUUUAAAGGAACCACAAGAUCCAGUGAAAGGGAUUUUUAACAGUUUGUGUCUAAUUAUUUUUUGAGCUUCCAAAUCUCAAAAGCAGAAAAACACAGGCAGCAUCGAUUUAACUGCAAAGAACCAAUGAGACAAGAAAACUACAGACUGUGAUCAAAGCAUUGUAUACUGUGUAGUGGAUUGUGUAAAUGGUGAUCUCAUGUAAACUGUUUUUUUUUUCUGCAAUCAUUCAUCAUGUAAAUGUUCUUACAUGCACUGAACAGUGUCUUCUUACUUUGUCCCUUUAUCUGUAUGUAUUAUACAGCCCAACAACCUGAACUUCAGUGUUCAAUGAAUGAAAUGCAGCCAAAAACAU